CCUUUGAAUAGUUUAAUAGACAAAAUUUGAACCUAGUGGAUCUGAUUUGGUAGAGACGAAUUCUUUGAUAAUAAUUUGUGAUUUUUUUUUUUCGAAUAGUGAGCAGUUUUGCCGCAACAGCAGAUCAAAGUCUUUAUAAGACUAUUAGCGCUAUUGCUUUUGUAAGGCCUGAGACCUAAUAACACGAUUUGUUUGUGAUAGGCGACAUCCACCCAUUGCCCGUAAAGUGACUACUUCGGAAUACAUGUUGAUAAGUAUGUGUAACGCGAUUUUCUAUCCCGCCAAACGUUAUUGCAUAAUAACCUAAUACGCUCGUGAAUCGAAUCAUGUUUUUCUUAGCCGGGCAGUGAGUCUGAAAUGCUUCUAAGCUCAACGUUCAGUCACUCCAUUAUAGCUGCAGUUUUUUGACGAUAUCGAUUUUCGGUGAUCUCGGACUUCCAUCAAAUCAUUCUUCUGUCGGCAACAACGAUGGGAAGUUUCAGUUCGACGCGGUCACGCGGUCAGGGUAUCGAACAUUUUUGUCGUAAUGACACGCCGAGUAGAUCAUGCUCACGCACUGGAUUCAAAAGAAGCGACCGAAAACAGUCUGUAAAAUACAAAAAAAUUCUUACCAAUAAAGUUACGAAUCUGCGCAACAGCUUAAAAAAUGUACGGAUACAGACGACAAGUUUCAGCGACUUUAUCGUGGUCGGAUAUUUGGGCGGGGGGGCCUUCGGUCAAGUUCUGAAGGUACAGCACAAAAUUAGCAGGGUAAGCUAUGCUUUGAAGGUGCAGUCAAAGGAACACAUCAUAAAAUCUCGAAAUCAGCUCGAGCGACUAAUGAAUGAGAAACACAUUCUGGCCGCGACGGAUUACGUGUUUAUUGUAAGGUUGUUUUCCACCUUCAAGGAUAACGCGUGUGUCUAUCUCGUGUUGGAGUUGGUACCCUGUGGCGACUUCUUCGAUCUAAAGGAAAAAUACCGUCACUUCAAUGAGGACAUGACCCGAUUUUACUCGGGGCAGGUUCUGCUUUCGUUUGAAUACCUUCACGCUGGCGGAAUCAUUUACCGGGAUCUGAAACCGGAGAACCUCCUCGUUGCUGCUGACGGCUACCUCAAACUGACCGAUUUCGGCUAUGCAAAACCUUUAAAGAACGUUACCUACACAUUCUGCGGCACCCCCGAGUAUAUGGCACCGGAAGUGUUCACGAAACGAGGAUAUACGCAAUCCGUCGAUUACUGGACCUUAGGAAUUCUUCUUUAUGAAAUCCUCUAUCAAACUACACCUUUUUACGCUCGUUCAACGGAAGCUAUCUACGACCGCAUUCAGAACGAAACUGCAGUGUUCCCUUUGGAUUCUAGGGUCACCACAGACGCACAUUGUGUCAUAACACGACUGCUUCAAAAGGACCUUACCAAGAGAUUAGGCGUGUUACGUAAUGGCGCUGACGAUGUCAAGGAUCAUCCGUGGUUUAGUGGGAUGAACUGGAUGGCCUUAUAUGAACGACGAUACCCAGCGCCGCUGGAGCCCGCGAUGUAUUCGCCCAAAUCUUUUGAUCUAAAAAAACUGCCUCACUCACCAGUAGUUCUGUAUGAACAAGAGUUUAAAAAAUUUUAACCAAAUGUCGUAACAAUUCCAAUUACGUGGUGCUCGAUAUAAUAAGAAGCUUGACUGUAUACGACUAGAUCAGCGAUAUGACAUGACACACAGAGUGCAUAUCUAUCGAGGUUAGAUAAACGACACGCUUGGUCAUAAUCCUGCACGGAUUAAGCCCCGUCCCAUUUUUGUAGCCCGGAACAAAUUUCCUGAAAACGAAUUUCACAUAGCUGACAUUUCACAUAGAUGAAACCAUUCAUCGUUAGAUUUCUUUCGCUGUGCUUUUAAUGAAAAAUGCUCUACGUCAUACGAGUUAUUUGUUAUGAGUGAUAAACACGUGCUUUACUGCAGUGACCCGCAUCGGUUAGAAGGGAUGUGUCAAUCUUACCACAACAUCCGUUUCCGAGGACGGAUUCCAGUCGGAUUUGCGAAGCAGGCAAUAAAUGGCUAGAGUUCCUAUUGAAAGUAUUUCUGUUCAUGAUCUCUCAUCUAUUAA